AUGAAGGCUCGUCUUUUAUCCAUGCGUUCCCUUGCAUCCAUGCGUUCCCUUGCAUCCAUGCGUUCCCUUGCAUCCAUGCGUUCCCUUGCAUCCAUGCUUCUCUGCCCUCCCUUGACGUCACUUUCUUGUCGUCUCCGUAUGCCCACCGCUGCCUCUCUCCCCGUCCUUCUCCCCUCCCCUCUCCCCAUCCCACUCCGCACCCCUUUCCCCACCACUCGCUCUCCCCAUCCCACUCCGCACCCCUUUCCCCACCACUCGCUCUCCCCAUCCCACUCCGCACCCCUUUCCCCACCACUCGCUCUCCCCAUCCCUCACCACGCCUUUCCCGACGUGGCAGGCAUGGGCCGGGGAUCCCCAGAGUGGCAGCAGCAUCUGCAGCGAGUGCUGCCGCCUCACGCCCUGCAGGGCCUGCGCACAGCGCUGCUGCUCGUGCCCUCGCGCGCCCAGCGCCUCGCUGCAGACAAGGCGUGGACGAGGGCGCAGCGACAGCUGGCAGGGCAGCAGGCCGAGCAGCAGGCAGAGCAGCAGGGGAUGCAGGAAGGGAGAGGUGGGGGAAAAAAGCAGCAUCAGGGGCAAGCAGCGGCUGUGGUGGGCGUGCGGAUUGCUGUGGCAGGCCGGCCCAGUCUUUCCGGUGGCUGUGCUGGCGCCGACCUGGUGUUGCUCUCCGCGGUCUGCGCCCCCCCUGCUGCGUCCGCCUCCACACGCGCCCUUCCAGCCGUCUGGCCUCCCUCCAGGUCGUUACUGGGCCUGCUAGUGUUGCUACUCAUGAUCCGCGCUGCUCUCUCAACCCCGGCACGUGUCCUCAUCAUCUUGGGCCACGAGGGCACCCUCUCAUCCGAUAGUGCCACGUGGCGCCGUGUCAUUGGCCACACCAAGGCCCACAGCAGGUUCUUUGAUGCAGAGCGACUGGGCGAGGCACUGAGGAGGGCGGUGAGGGCAAGGCGCGCGGCAGUGGACGAGAUGGCGCAGAUGCUGGGGGAGGCUACUGAAUUCGCGUCUGGGGGGGCUGUGGGAAGCGUCUCUGGAGGAUCCAUGCAGUGGCAUGAUCUGCUGUGGACGGGUCUGUUUUCGCCAUCAUUUGGAGAGGCUCUGGAGCGGCAUGAGUCUGCGGAGGUGCUGCUGCUGCUGUGCCGCAUACUGCAGGGACGGCAGGGCAGGCGUGGGGAGAAUGGCGGCAAGGCGCUGCAUCGCUGGCUGGAGGGCGGGGGCAGGGGGGCGGGGCGAGGGCGGGAGGAUGAGCUGUCACGGCAGCUUGGUGACAUCGUGCAUGUGGAUGUGGUCGGCGACCUUUGUCUUAUCUGGUCAACCGAUGUGUGCCAUGAAACGCUCAAGCAGGUGGUGAGGUUGUGGGCGCUCGUGCCGGAGAGCCAGUGCAGGCCAUGGCUGCGCCGCAUAUCCGCCCACCUCGCCUGCUACUCGCCCGCCUACCUGCACUACUGCGCUCUGCACCAGUACACAUGCUCCUCCUCACCUCGCCUGCGCGUGCCUGCUGCUGUGCAGCAACCCGGGAUACACUGCUCACACCAUGCGUCCGCUCUGCUCCCUCUCUUUCACCUCUCAGAGGCCCCCACCGAGGGGGCAGGGGACGCAGGAGACGCAGCGACACCACCAAAGUUCAUAGCGCUGCAGCCCGCCAUGGCACUCGCGCUGCUGGCGCAGGGAUCAGGUGCGCUCAGCGGUGCGCUGAGCCAUGUCCCCUUUGAGGUCAACGCGGAAGAGCGCACUGCUGUCACCUGCCCCUCCAGCCUCGUCCUACAUGGCCGCUCUGGCACAGGCAAGACAACAGUCAUACUCCACCGCGUGCUGCACCUGGACCGGCUCUUCCGCCUCUCUGCCCUCCCGCCCCACCUGCUCCUCGGACUGCCUUCUCCUGCCAACGCUUCAAUCACCGCACAGGGUGACGGCGUGGGUGGUGAUGUGGGGGAUGGGAGCGGGGGCGGGUUGCGGCAGGUGGUGUUGACUCGGAGCCUGCACCUGUGCGCGUCCAUUCAGACUGAACUCGUGAAGGCUGCACGGGCGAUAGCAGCCCUCGAUGCUUUCCAAGCCGGCUCGCCCCCGCCACUCCCCCAAGCGGGUCAACAUGCGCACGGAGCACAGGCAGCUGUUGCAACAGCCGGUCAACGCGUGGGGAGCAGGAGCGGCACGGGCAGCAGCAGUGGCAGCGGCAGCAGCAGCGGUGGCAGGCUGUUAAUGCGGGAGGACCUGGAGAGCGCCCUUAUGGGGGGGUUGCCGCUGUGCAUCGCCGCCAUUCCGCCCACCGCGUUCCCCCUCGCGCUCACCCUCUCCAAGCUGCUGCGCCUGCUCGACGCGUCCGUCUCGCGCCCCUUCCUGCACUCCACGCGGCGCCGGCGCCGGCAGGAGGAGGCGAGGCAGCGCCUGGUGCUGGCCAUUGGCGUGAGUGGGCGGGGCGUGAGGCAGGCGUGGGAGGAGGGGCAGGUUGAGGGCGCGUGGAGUGGCCGUUUUGAGAAGGACCGGUGGGAGGCGAAGGGGGGCAGUGCGAAAGGGGGCAGUGCAAGGGGGGAAUGGAGGCGAGAAGGGGAGGGCUUGGGAGGAGGCGAGUGCAGCAGGAGUGGAAGAGGGCGGGAUGGCUGGGGAGGAUGGCGGGAGCAGCGGGUGAAGGGUGGAAAGGGGAAAGAAGCAGAGGAGGAAGGAGAAGGAGAGGAAGGGGAGGGGGAGGAGGACGUGGAGGUGGAUUAUGAGCGGUUCAGGCGGCACUACUGGGCGCACCUGGACCAGCGAGCCACCAACAGAGCUGUGAUGGAUGCGGCAUUCGUGUGGCGAGAGAUCAGCUCUCACAUCAAGGGCAGCCUGCAGGCGCUGCAGUCGCUGCAGGGGCAUGUGGGCGAGGAGGAAUACGUGGGGGUCAUGGUGGGCAGCAACGAACGCACGAGUGGCAUGAGAGGGGCGGACCGGCAGGCGGUGUAUGAUGUGUUCCGGGCGUAUGAGAGGAGGAAGAGGCGGCAGGGCGAGUAUGACUGCGCGGACCUAGUGGGGUAUCUGCACCGCGAGGUGCGGCGCAUGCGGGCGAGCAACGAGCCGUGGUGGGCUGUGGAGGAUGGCGUUGCCGUGGGUGGUGCAUCCAGCAGUGGCGCCAGUCGCGAUGGUGCCAGUCGGCGCACCACUGUUGGAUGCACCACCACUGGCAGUGUGCCGUCACACCCGUCACAUGCAUCACAGCCCAGCGGGUGCGUAGGUGCUGUGUUUGACUGUGUGGCGGUAGACGAGGUGCAGGACCUCACACAGGCACAGCUCGCGCUGCUGCCGCUCCUUUGCUCCAACGUUGCUUCUGGCUUCGUGCUCGCGGGGUUGGGGGGGAAAGAGGGGAUUCAAUGGUGGGAAAGGGUGGCCAGCAAAUCUGGGAGAGAGGCGAGGGGCGGAAAGAGAGGAGCAGAAAGGGUCAGAGUAAGAUCAGCAAUCCUAGCAGCAGCAGCAGCAGCAGCAGCAGCAGCAGCAGCAGCAGCAGCAGCAGCAGCAGCAGCAGCAGCAGCAGCAGCAGCAGCAGCAGCAGCAGCAGCAGCAGCAGCAGCAGCAGCAGCAGCAGCAGCAGCAGCAGCAGCAGCAGCAGCAGCAGCAGCAGCAGCAGCAGCAGCAGCAGCAGCAGCAGCAGCAGCAGCAGCAGCAGCAGCAGCAGCAGCAGCAGCAGCAGCAGCAGCAGCAGCAGCAGCAGCAGCAGCAGCAGCAGCAGCAGCAGCAGCAGCAGCAGCAGCAGCAGCAGCAGCAGCAGCAGCAGCAGCAGCAGCAGCAGCAGCAGCAGCAGCAGCAGCAGCAGCAGCAGCAGCAGCAGCAGCAGCAGCAGCAGCAGCAGCAGCAGCAGCAAUGCAGCGUCUCACCAGUUGCGUCGUGCAGCUUCUGAAAAGCUUCUUCCCGCUGUCCAUAGACCGGCUGCAUGAGGAGCUGAGUACGGUGGAGGGGUGCAAGCCGGUGCUGGCGGCAGUUUCCUCCUCGUGGAAACACCAGCUCGCUCAGGGCAGGCCUCUCAGCGCCACUCAGGACGUACUACUUUUCAACUUCUUCACCUCACCGCACUCCACGGCACCCUGGCAUCUCGUGUACACCUACAUGCGCAGCACUGGCCUCUCACCGCGCUUUGGCGCCAGCCUGCCUUGUCGCUGCAGCACCAAGGGCCAUAGCAGCUGCAGUCUCUGCACUCUGGAUGACCUCAGGCACUGGUCGCUGUGCUCCGAGUUAAAGCAGCUGUACGUGGCAAUAACGAGGGCCAAGCAGAGGCUGUGGGUGCUGGAGGAGAGGGGGGCAGGCGAGCGUACGCCCAUGGGAGACCUGUGGGCGGCGAUGGGCAUUGUGGCAGUGAAGGAAGAAAGGGAGGUGUGCCCGGAGUAUGUGAAGCGUGUGUCCAGUGAGAAAGACUGGAAGGCGCUUGGCUUUACUUUCUUUCAAAGAGGCGAUUACGAGGCAGCUCGGGCGAGCUUUGAACGGGCUGGGGACACGGGCAACGCUCGCUUCGCUGAAGCCACCAUGUUCUAUGAGGCGGGCAUGGGGCGCACAGCACAACCAUCUGCAGCCGCCAUUGCUGUAUCAACCUCCUCUGCAUCAUCAGCCUCGUCUGCGCUGCCCCCAGUGCUCCCGGACCUCUCUCUGCUGUCCUGCACCGAUCUGCUCCUGGCUGCGGCUCGUUGUUUUGAGGGCAUCAAGAGGGGCUUGGAGGCAGGCCGUGCGUAUGCCAAGGCUGGGUGCAAUGAGGAAGCAGGUAAGGGUUGUUUCACGUAUGCAUGGGGCGGUGAAGCACGUGCCUAUCUCACGCUCUGCCAACCUCCUGACCACGCCAACGCUGCACGGUGCUUCGAGAAGCUAGGCAGGUUCGCCGAAGCAUCUGAUUGCUACAACGCCUUGGGCGACAGACCCAGUGCCCUCGCUGCGUGCCUACGUGGCAGCAUCUUUGCCAAGGGCCUCUCACUGCUCGACAGCUGGCAGGCAGUGGCGUCUCACCAGGCCACGUCAGCACCGGCAUCUCACGGGGCAAGUGAGUCCAGCUCAGCAUCUGCGGGACCAAGGAGUGGAGAUUUGUCUCACCUGAGGCAUUGGUACGUAGAGGAAUGUGCAAGGAGGCUGGGAGAGCGAGGCAGUUACGGCGAGAUGAUGGCGUAUGUGCAUCUGCUGCCGGGAUUGCCCGCCAAGCGCGCGUUCCUGGAGGGCGAGAGGCACCUGAGGGAGCUGGCAGGUCUAGAGGAGCAGGAGGGCGAGGUGAGGCGGGUGCCGGGUAUACUGCUGAGAGCGGGGAUGCUGCUGGAGGCAUGCACUCACUUGUGGAACAGGGGCUGGCCAGGGCGGGCCUUGGUGGCCUUUGUGCGGCACCUGCAGUGGUGGGUGAAUGCGGCGGGACUAGGGGCAUGGCGGGUGGGAAUGAGGAGGGAAGCAGGGGGCGGCAGCGAGGGGCAGGGGAGGGGCGUGGCGCUGAGCAGAGAGGAGGUGGCGAUGGCUCGGCGGCUGCGGGUAAUUGAAACGGAGAGUUUGGAGUUUGCAGACAGGAUGGAGUGUGAGGGGAGUGAUCUGGCGUGGGCCAAGGUGGAGAUGAGCGUUCUAUUGUUCGUGAUUGAGCUUCACUCUGAUGCUGCUGAUGCUGCUGAUGCUGCUGAUGGUGCUGAUAAUGCUGAUGAUUCUGCUGCUGCUGCUUCUGUUGCUGCUGGUGGUGAUGGUGGGAUCAGUGGCAAAGCAGGUUGUCCAGAUAGGCGUGUGUCAGAAGCUACAGACCAAGGGGCGGGGAGUGCUGCUAUGUGUGCAUCUUGUGUGGAGCUGGGCCGAGCAAAGAGUGCGGAAAGGGAGGCUCGCGUGUCGCAAGCGUGGAUGCUGGUAAGCCGGGGUCAGAUGCUUCCAGCAGGGCGCAUGGAGAUAGGCCCUCAGAGCGCUGCUGUAAACAGCAGAGCGAUAGGCCCUCAGAGCGCUGCUGUAAACAGUGGAGAGAGCAGGUUCAGGGGCGUGGAGCGGCAGAUGGUGGUGAAUGAGUUGAGCAAGGCGGAGUUGAUAGAGGUGGAGGAGCUUUGGGAGGGGGGUGACGUGCUGCGGAAGGGCUCGGAGCAGGUGUGGCGAGAGAGGCGGGCGGAGAGCAGCGGCAUGGAGCAGAGGGACAGCAGGGGUGGUGAGCAGAAGGGGCGUGUGGAGUGGAAGGGGGCGGAGCAGCUGCGAGCAGAGCUGAUGCUCGCUUACACCGGGCUGCAGGAGUCUCUGUGCUUGCUGCAGUGGGGGCAGCGCUGCCUGUUGCACUACCUGGAGGAGCAUUUUUCAGCUGAGCCUCACAGCAAUUGCCCCCGCCGCGAACCUGCUGCUCACACAUCUCAGCCUGCUGCCAACGCAACAGCAGCGGCUACAGCGUCAACGGCUGCAUUGACUUUUGAGUCGACUCAAAAGCCUGCUGCCAACGCAACAGCAGCGGCUACAGCGUCAACGGCUGCAUUGGCCAGUCGUGCUGUCACAAUAUCAGCUGCAGCAGCAGCAGCUCUACAGGCGUGCAAUCUCCCCGCGCCGUCCCUCUCUCUUCUCCACCACAAGGCGGCUCUCUGGUGGUGGCGAUGGGCUCGCAGGCUGGCCUCCCUGCUACCCGCCCUGCACCAUCUCCACAACCACUCCAUGCUUAAAUCAGACUCCCACCUGCCCCACCUGCACGCCCUUUUCUCCCUCCUCUCCACCACCACCUUCCACCGCCGCAUCCUCUCCUCCUCUUCCCCCUCCUGCCAGAUCGAUGACAUGGGGUUGGCGUGGGCGCGUGGGGAGAAGGCUGAGAGGCUGUCCUCCACAGGGCGGAGCGGGAAGAUGGAGGGGAAGCAAGCUGUAAAGGCGGUGAAAGGGGUGUGGGAGAAGGAGUUUGAGAAGCGAUUGGAGGACACGAGGCGAGUGGUGUUUGAUGGGGUUCAGCUGUGCUCCUCUGCACUCAUAAGCUGCUCUGACAAGGUCACUAUGGCCACGUGCAAACAUCACAUGGCCACUGCUUCUGAACCACCGCUCUCUCUGCAUCAGACACCCUUCCCAUGCCCUUCUCUGCUCAGCCCCGUUCACACCCUCUUUUUCCUUUCUGAACCCUUCCUGUCGUUGCUCCCUGUCACCACACUUUCCUGCUCACGCUCUGCCUUCUUCCAGCCCUGUUCUCUCACUCCCACUCACAACCUCCUCACCUCCCUCCUCCUCCACCCCAGUCCUUCCUCCACGCACUCUCGCCUUCAUGCCCGCCUCCACCUCACGCUCCUUCAUCUCAAGGCUGCCCUCGCAGCCCUGCUGCUGCUGCCAGACAAUCGGCUGGAGAAGCGCAAGUCGAGGGAGAAACGAGCUGCCAGUGCUGAGGAGGGGAGUGGCGGAGCUGGAGGGGUGGGGGGAAGUGGAAGCAGGGGCGGGUGUGGUGGAAGCUGUGGUGAGGGUGAAGGCAAAGCGGGCGUGGGAUGCGAGAAUGGAGUGGGUGUAGCCUGGACCGCGCAUGGGGCAGCCGUGGGGAACACAGCAGGGCAACGUGUGGUUGGUGCAGUGCUGCAUGGCGCAUGUAUGGAGGAGACUGCUGGGCUUUCAGAGAAAGAGGCGUGGGGCAUCACACAGCUCCUGCUCGUGUCUACAGUCAACUCCUUUCCCGACCCUCGCAACCCUCCGUACUUCAAGCAACAGUUUGGCAGCUUGAAGGGAAAUCCUCUCAUGGCAACCUCUGUCAACGGCUUCUUUGAAUCACUCAGCACGCGAGCACUGCUGUACCAGCAAGCGUCCAACAUGUGGAACGUGCAUGGAGAUGCGGGACGGCAGGUUCCUGCCAUCUGCCUUGCGUCAUUGCUGCCUCCAUCUCCUCCUCCAUCUCCUCCUCUUGCUCUUCCCUGUCCUCCUCUUUCUGCUCCCUUCUAUGCUGCCCCCCCAAUCCUCCUCCCCGAUCCUUUAUCUGCGAUCUUCAACCUCCUGGCACCUUUUGCUGUCCACCUCGCUCGGCUCCUCUCUCUGCUGCUCCCUGUCUUACGUGCUGGUGCAACGGAAAGGGAGGGUGAAUUCAUUGGGCGGGCUAGGCUGGAGCUGGUGCGUGCGGUAGAGGCAAUGGGCAUUGACAUGGUUUGCCACUCACUCUCACAUUAUGAGAGCCACUGCUGCAAUUGGGGAAAGGGCGGAUGA